GUCGCAAACUUGUGUACAAACUUUCUGGAUUGUAUCCCAGUAUCAUCGGCUCUGGCUCUCUAAGAGACCCAAGGCUUUAGCCUUCACUUUUCCUUAUCCUGCGCCGCUCUGGUGAUUUUCCCACUUUAAAUAAGAUGGCGCGUGAGCCCUCUUUUUGAACCGGGCCGCCGCAGGGCCCUUACCCAGUUGGGUGUUGUCGGAUCAAUACUACAUCCAUGAUCGCGUGCAUCGCGCCAGCAGCUGGUACAUUAUUCAUUUAUCUGCAGUUUUGUACGACGUACGACGUACAUGCUUCGCAGGUGCCUACAUUACCGACAUCGUCUUCCCUCCUGCACCAUGCUUUACCUUAUCGGCUUUGACCGGCUCUAUUGGCCGAGACCCUCUCUGGCCACAAACUGCUAUGCCGCGAUCCCCUCCCUUUACACUGCCAGCAGGUUUCCCCCUCCGGUGGCCAGUAAUACCUCUUGCGAGCCCGUGGAUACCGAUAUGCCCAUCAUGACCGGCCGACAUCGCGAACUCCCCGCCGGCUCCUGCGCAAGGGACAACGAUGCCGUGCGCCCCUCGGCACAUGAUUCCUGUCGCGGGAGGCUGUGGCCUUUGCGUCUUGCUACUGCCAUGGCCCAUUCUGAUUUUUACGCCUUUACAGACCGCUCACCACCGGUACCUCCUCCGCGCGUGAUUCCGCCGUAGCUCCUCGUCCUCUCGGGAGU